UCGCUGUUAGAACAGCGAUUAUAAUAUGUACAUAAGGUUCCCUCCUAAAGUGAUUUUCACGAUUUGAUUAUGAAGUUGCUCGAAACAGACGCGUAUACAUACUCACACAAAGCUGGGAGGUUUGGUUUAAAGAAUGAGGUCCGUUGGUGCCACAAGGACAAGACAACGUAUGAAUCGAAAACUUAAAAAAUAAAAUAAACAGCAUUGCUUUGGAUCUGAAAGGUCAAUUUCCUUUCGUCUUCCUGGCUUUCCUCGGCUUGCCUUCUCCCUUCUGUGAAUCAAUAUGAGGACGGACGCAUGUUCCACGUGGCCAUGAAAUGUUUUUUUACGAUCGUCCUGGCCUUGUUCGAUCGGCUUGCCUGUCUCGCUUUUGCCGGCCGCCCCUCCGCACGUAAGUUUGGUCUCUGCUAAAGGCGUCGUUUUCACUGCAGGAACCGUUCUACUAACCUAGUACUGUGAUAUCCAAACGCUGCACAGUGGGCCAGAAGACCGGUUCCAACGCGUUGCACCCAUUGCCGCUGUGAUGACUGGGAAACAAAAGUGCAGCAAAAGUGCGGCACGAUUCUGGUCAAUAAUUUGCCUAAACCGUCCGCACUUGCCAACGUCCGUACUUGUUUUUCGUACCCGUUUACAUGGGUUCAUAUGGAGUACUUCCCCGUACUACAUUUUUCCGCAUUUUUCUGUGCAAUCUCCGAGCAACAAUUUUUAAGGCAUUUUUGACAGUGUAAUUACUCAUGGCGUAAUGAUUCUCAGGAUUGAUCUAGAGCUAGAAUUGGAUUCAUCUAGGGCUACUUCGCUUCACUGUACCCGAGAGGAUUUGCUCUGAUUAUGGAAUGGUAACAACUUGCCAGCAAGACUCGCGGUCAGUGGGACGACAGCAUGGUGCAGCUAAUGCAGCCCUUUCUGUGGGGUGCGGCCCUGUACGGGUACUUGCCAGUCACAUUCAGACGCGCUCCGCCGAGCAGUCCAUACUACGUGUAUCUGGGAAUCAGCAGAACGUAUCACCCACUGCGCAGCACGGUUCUUUGGGUGUGCGUGGUGCAAGGAUUCAUAUGGUGGUCUAUGUAUUGGUAAGAAAUUAAAAUGUAAUUAUAUACUCUGACCAGAAAACGAAGACCUCCGAAUUUUUGCUGUCGAGAGUCACGUGUGUCACAUUCGUUGGACCUGAAUCAGCCAUAAAUGAGCUUAAUGACGUUGAAACGAAUGUAAUACAAUGCUGAUUUGCCUACCUAAACGCAGGAAGUAAUUUCUUGUACAUGCUUCUUUUAAGCGAAACUGUAAUCUUGCCUCAAGCUUUCAUGACACUUAAGUUUUACCAGUGCAGAGUUGCUUAUUUAGUGGAGCAAGCAUGUCUGUGACAGCGUGACUGGUUCUUUCCAGCACCGCUUUUUCGACAUUUCAAGUGACUUAUGCUACGCGAUGGGUGGUUUUAGAGCAAGGACCCCUGACAACCUUUAGAACUUUUGGUUCCCACAUUACAUUCAGAUAAUGAGUUUCCAUCUUUUUGCGACAUGGAUUCAGUCUUUUCCGGGAUCAGACGCAAAACUUCGCAGCGAGGAUCUGAACCGCUUUGAUUUCUUUGCUUGCGUCGUCACCCUCGUACAGCUGACUUGGUACAUCUUGACUGUGCUUUCCUGGGCCGAAAUGGGUCGCCUCAUCGACGCAGCCAACAAGAGGGACGAGAUUAUCGAGGCCCUGAGGUCGCUCCAGCGCAGCCCAGGUGUUCUUGCCAAGAUCAAGUUUGAAGACGAGCCAUCGUGGUCGCCGACACCGCACUGGGUGUCGUACUUCGGCAUGGCGUUCGUUGUUGUCAAGACGUUCCUUCAACUCCGAUUCUGGAAAGUCGCUUAUGACGAGCCCUGGAGCAACUUUCCCUGCGUGCUGUACAACGACUCGGUCGUGACGAUGAUCACCGUGUCCGAGAUGGCCAACUUGCUGCGUGCCAGAGACGUGGCACGCGUCCUGCAGAGCUUCUUGCUGCAGGAGUCGAGGACACUGCGGCCGGAGCGCCUCCGCGCGUACCGCCGCGUGUGGCUGAGCGUGCAGGACCUGGCCAGUCGGGGCAACCUCAUGCCCUGCACGUGCAUGGCGCACAUCGUCAUCCUACUGCUCAUCACCACGGUCACGGCCUACAUGACGUCGCUGGCCGUGGUCACGGCCGAGUGGACACUGUUCGGCGCGCCUCUGUUCGCCUGCGUGGUGGCGUCUCUCAGCAUCCUCGGCGUCAACGAUGCCGCUCACAGGCUGUCUGACGAGAUUCAGAUGCCGUUUUUGGAACUUCUGCAGUCAAGUCCUGCAUCUUCCAGCGUGGACAUAGCAACAAAUCGCGAGGCUAGUACACAUGCAAACACUGGUAAACCUUUAGAGCAGCUGCAUGCUUGCGUCAAUCAUGAAGUUACGCUUGAAAUGAAGCCCUGA